GAUGUUGACGAAUGUAGUUCUUCCAUUCCCGCCUGUGAUCCGAAUGCCAAUUGUCAGAAUACUGAAGGCUCAUUUCGUUGUCAGUGUGUGACAGGAUUCUCGGGUGAUGGGAAAUCUUGCACCGGUAAGGUUAUUUUUGAAGGCAGACGUGGUGGUUGCAUAGUAAACACGGAGGCUUGGGCCCAGGUCGUUUAGGCGUGUUAUGUUCUUGAAGAAGGUUCUUUAUUUUCUGUUACCUUUCUGCAAGAAAGGGGCAGUAAAUAGGUAGUAGUGCGGUUUUAGAAAAUCGAAUUAACAAAAGAUUUGAGGAUGUGUAGGAGGGGAGUGGAGGAAGGGAAUAUUAAAUUGUGUUAUUCUAGGUGUUGAAAAAUAACAUCACCGAUAUUGAAAAGAUCUCAUGUCACUUCUCCCUAUGUUUCCUUUUAGAGUUACAAGAAGUAAAAAUCAUCAAUCGGAGCUUCACUACUAACUAUUUAAUUUCUUCGCAGAUGUUGACGAAUGCAGCUCUUCCAUCCCCGUCUGUGAUCCAAAGGCCAAUUGUCAGAAUACGGAAGGCUCAUUUCAUUGUCAGUGUGUGAUUGGAUUCUUUGGUGAUGGGAAAUCUUGCACCGGUAAGGUUAUUUUUGGUGGUGGUUGCAUAGUAAACGCAGAGGUUUGGGUCCUAGUUGUGUUAGUGUGUUAUGUUUUUGAAGAAGGUUCUUUACUUUCCGUUACCUUUCUGCAAGAAAGGGGCAAUAAAUAGGUAGUAGUAAAUUUUCAGAAAUCGAAUUAACAAAAGAUUUGAGAAUGUGUGGGAGGGAGAGUGGAGGGGGAGAAUUUUAUAUUGUGUUAUUCCAGGUGUUGAAAAAUAGUAUUUAUAAGUUACAAGCAGUAAAAAUUAUCGAUCGCAGCUCCACUACUGACUAUUUGAUUUCUUUGUGUAUGUUGACGAAUGCAGUUCUUCUAUUUCCGUCUGUGACUCAAAUGCCAAUUGUCAGAACACAGAAGGCUCUUUCCUUUGUCAGUGUGUAAUUGGAUUCUCUGGUGACGGGAAAUCUUGCACCGGUAUGAAGGGUUUUGGGCCUUGGUCUAACCGGUGUUAUGUUUUUGGGCCAGACACUUUACUCUUUGGUACCUUUCUCCAGAUAAAGAGUUUACCAGAACUGUCAUGAAAUAGAAUUAGCAAAAGAUUUUGUGUGUUUAACUUCUUGAACGAUGGCAGACUUCGGGGUGCUGCUGGUGAAAAAUUUAGUCGGCCUUCAGUUGACGGUGGUCAUUUCUAUUCUAUUAAAGUUAAGAGUUUUUGAGAGGUGAAAGCGAAAGGUAGUUGAUGAUUUUCUUGAGAACUUGCCGAAUGACAUGUUUCCCGUAUGGAGAAUUAAGUAAUUAUCAAAAAGCUUGCAGUUUUACGAAAGCGUAUAUAGAUUUCAGUUUUCUAUCGAUUAUCAGGUAUAUCCUAAGAAAUUCAGAAAUGCAUGUUAAGUUGGCAUUGAAAACUUUUAGAAGGGAAAGAAAAAAAAGUAAAAUACGUGUCAUAUACAGGACCCCGUUGGGCGCCUUAACUUGCAGGUAAAUAGGAAGAUAAUUUAUUGUUGGGGCUCCCUUUCUCAUAUAAAGCCUAUUUAAUUUAAAUUAUUCAAGUAUAUUUGAGGCCAGUGUGAUCUCUGAGACCUCCAACACUCAGUCAAAUGUAUGUUGAUUACACAGCUAGUAAGGAGGGCGCUCCUAUCCGUUUAAUGGGCGGUGGAGCAAGCUACGGACGCGUUGAAGUUUAUCACAACGGGAAGUGGGGCACAGUGUGUGAUGAUCUAUGGGACACCAAUGACGCCAAUGUGGUAUGUCGUCAGCUUGGCUUUCCUGGUGCAAAACAGGCUCCUCAUAGAGCUAAAUACGGUGAGGGGUCUGGUUCAAUCUGGAUGGAUGAUGUCGACUGCCAAGGCGGAGAGGCAAUGUUGUCUCAUUGUACGUUUCCAGGCUGGCAAAUAGAAAACUGUAAUCAUAGCGAGGAUGCUAGUGUGGUUUGUAACAAUUAG